AUCCUGAUUCAAACAGACCAACUCUAAAUCCAAAACUAGAAUUUAAACUGUAGCAACCGCACAUCGAGACCCAGGUGUUUGCUGUGAGCCAUGAGAGGGUUUAGCAUUGUGUCCAUCUGGGUCCUCACCCUCCUGCUGUUGCUGAAGAGCUCAUCAUGUGCCGGUGACUCUGGUGUUGUGAAUCCCUGUUGCUAUUACCCUUGUCAGAACUCAGGAGUCUGUGUGAGAUUUGGUGCAGAUCGCUAUGAAUGUGACUGCACCCGCACUGGCUUCUAUGGGGAAAACUGCAGUUUUCCGGAGGUCUGGACCAGAGUUGGUCUCAUGCUGAAACCCAACCCCAGCAUCAUUCACUUCUUCCUCACCCACUUCCACUGGUUCUGGGACCUCGUCAAUAACUCCUUCUUGCGAGACACAAUGAUGAAACUGGUGCUCACAGCCAGAACCAACUUUAUUCCAAGCCUUCCGACCUACAACACCAAGUAUGGAUAUCUGAACUGGGAAUCAUACUACAACCUCACUUAUUACACCAGGAUCCUGCCUCCUGUACCUGAAGACUGUCCUUUGCCCAUGGGAACUAAAGGCAAACCUCUUCUUCCUGAUCCCAAAUUGUUGGCUGAGCGUUUCUUUAAGAGAACCAGAUUUCGUCCAGAACCUCAGGGAACGAAUCUGAUGUUUGCUUUCAUGGCCCAGCACUUCACUCAUCAGUUUUUCAAGACAAACCAUGAAGUCGGAAGGGCCUUCACCAAGGCUUUGGGACAUGGGGUAGAUGCUGGACAUAUCUAUGGAGACAACCUCAUGCGACAGCUUCAACUCCGACUUCACAAAGAUGGAAAGCUGAAAUAUCAGUUAAUUAAAGGUGAGAUGUACCCCCCUACAGUAUCUGAGGUUCCUGUGCAAAUGGUGUAUCCUAAAGGUUUCCCUCCAGAGCAGCGUCUAGUCAUUGGUCAUGAGUUGUUUGGCAUCCUGCCGGGUCUCACCAUGUAUGCCACCAUAUGGCUCAGGGAGCAUAACAGAGUCUGUGACAUCUUGAAGGCAGAGCAUCCCACCUGGGAUGAUGAGCAGCUUUUCCAGACUGCCAGACUCAUUAUUAUUGGGGAGACAAUCUGCAUUAUAAUCGAAGAGUACGUGCAGCAGCUGAGUGGAUACCUGCUAAAGCUGAAGUUCGAUCCCUCCCUGCUCUUCAAUGCGCGCUUCCAGUACAGCAACCGCAUCGCUCUCGAGUUUAGCCACCUCUACCACUGGCACCCGCUGAUGCCUGACAGCUUUUUAAUCGAUGGACAUGAUGUCCCGUAUUCUCAGUUUAUUUACAACGCCUCCCUCCUCAUGCAUUACGGAGUGGAGAAACUGGUGGAUUCCUUCUCUCGACAGCCUGCGGGUCAGAUAGGUGGUGGCCACAAUUCUCAUGAAAACCUCCUCACAGUCUCAGAAAUGGUCAUCAGAGAGUCUAGAGCAGUACGUGUGCAGCCUUUUAAUGAGUACAGGAAGAAGUUUAAUCUCAAGCCAUACACCUCUUUUUAUGAAUUUACUGAUGACGUAGAAAUGGCCAGAGGUUUAGAGGAACUCUAUGGUGACAUAGAUGCUUUAGAGCUUUACCCCGGCCUCAUGCUGGAGAAAGCACGUCCUAACGCCAUAUUUGGUGAGAGUAUGGUGGAGAUGGGUGCUCCCUUCUCUCUGAAAGGCCUGCUGGGAAACCCCAUCUGCUCUCCUGAGUACUGGAAGCCCAGCACCUUUGGAGGAGAGACAGGCUUCAAUAUCGUCAAAACGGCUACUUUGAAGAAACUGGUGUGCCUCAACACUAAGUGGUGUCCAUACGUGGACUUCCAUGUUCCACGAAAUGAGGAGGAAGCAAAACCAAGGAAACUGUCCACUGAACUUUGAAUUACUAAUUGGCCUAAUGAGUUUGUUGUUUUCCAAGAGCCUAUCCCCUUUCUGUGGUAGAUAACAUUAUUUUCAAAAGCGUCCUAAAUUAUCGUUGUAGUUCUGUAACUCUGAUGUAACUCUAUUUAGUAACUUCUGUUCCUACAUUCCUACAUGCGUGUCACCAGUGGUGGAAACACAAGCACAGUUAGUCAAGUGCUAUACGUCUCCUAAAAGUAUAAGUUCUUUUUGAGGUACUGUAUUACUUGAGUAUUUCCAUUUCCUGCUACUUUAUACUUCCACUCCACUACAUUUCAGAGGGAAAUGUUGUACUUUGUACUUUAUUUGAGAGAUAUAGUUAUUAGUCACUUAUAACAAUUUAAGAUUUCACAUACAAAACAUUUGAUCACUUUAUAAAACAUGAUGCAAAAACUGUUUAAACUACCAAACACUAUAGUAGUAGUAGUAGUAAAGAAUUUGCUCCACCACGACCAGGUACAACCUGUUGUAACAAAUCAAUAAUAUAUAAUAAUCACUGACAUGGGCCAUUAACAAGUACUUUAACUUUUGAUACUUUGAGUCCAUAUAGCUGAUUAUGCUUCUGUACUUUUUUGUAAAAUAUUGAAUGCAGGACUUUUACUCGUAAUAAAGUAUUUUUGUUUCAGUUUGGUUGACAUUAAGUCUCAAAGAGCUGUUCCUAAAUGAAAUAUUGUGAUUAAAAAAAAAAGAUAUACCUAUCCAUCUGAAAAACUAGUAGCCUGUUUGAGUACCAUGUGAACUGAUUACUGAGUAGACACUGAAACAGGAUCUGGAGUGAUGAGGUUUGGAGCAUAUCGUUAUAGUUAGAGCUUUUGAUAAGGGGCAGUAAUUUACAUUUUUGACAUAAAGCAUUUCUUCAUCUACUAAAGAUGCUUUAUAUCAAAAAUAAGGUUCACAGGCCAUGUCUGAGUUAUAUGCAAAAAUAUCACCAAGGACUUUGGUUGUAUUGUCUAAAUUUUUAUUGAUACAGCCCCGCUUACUUUCCUUUGGUUUCAAAAAAGGUGUUAACAGUCAAGUAGCUUGAUAUGAGAGAAUGAGGAUGUCACUGAAACACGGCAUGCACAUAAAAAUUAUAAAAAAUGCAAUAUUUUGUGACAAAGUAAAAUGUCCUUGGCUGUUUCACUAAAGUCAAAUACUGUACAACACAUUGAAGUCUUAAUGUACUUGAACUAGCCCAUAACAAAUAACACAAUAUGCAUCACAGUGAAACAUGAUUCCUAUAUAAGUAAUAAUAAAUUUAAUACUACACAUGUA